AUGUUUCUAAAUAAUAGAUACAACAACGGCUUGAUCAAGUACCCGGGACCUUUUAUAGCCUCCUUGACGAAUAUGUGGCGCGUGCGUGAUGCGUACGUGAACGGUGGCAAGCGUCCAUCCUAUGUUACCUUGCAUCGCGUGUAUGGCGAAGUGGUGCGCCUGGGGCCAAAGGCGCUUUCAUUCGCUUCACCAGCUGCUGUUAAUGAUAUAUAUCGACCAGAAAAGAAUAUGGCAAAGUCCGGCUGGUACGUCGCAUUUGAAGCACAUGGCAAGGGUCGCAAGAAGGAGAACAUCUUCUCGACUCGUGAUAUUCACUGGCACGCUCGCUACCGCGGCCUUGUUAGCCCUGGCUUCAAGAUCACCAAUCUGGCACCCAAGGAAAAAGAAGUGGACGAGUUAAUCAAGAAGCUGCUACGCAACCUCAACGAUGCGGCUCGCAGCACAGACAAAAGUUCUUCUCUCAUCGAUUUGCCACUCCACCUGCAGUAUUUCACAUUUGAUGCGGGUGGUGUCUUUGCCUUCAGUCAACCCUACGGCUUCCUUGACCAGAAAACCGAUCUUGAUGGAAUUAUUCAAUCAGUUCGCGUCGGCUCGACGCAUUUGAACCGUUUAGCUCAAGCUCCUCUAGGACAACUGUUAUUUGAUAAAAACCCUCUUGCUGUUUAUUUUGGCUUUAUCGCGCCUCCAAUGGCAUUUGCGAAGAAAUAUUUGCCUACUCAACGGAUCGAAGAGCAGCUUAACAACCCCAAUGCAAUGGGCCAGCAUCACGACUUGCUGGACCAGUUCCUAGAGGCACAUAAGAAUAGCCCGGAUAUUGUCACCCGGAACGAAGUGGUCGAUCUCGGGCUAAUGGUGGUUGUACCUGCUUCUGAGGCUGUUCGUACUGCCAUCGCAGCCCUUAUCUACCAUGUCCUCAAAGUCCCAGAGGUUCUGACAAAACUGCGCCGCGAAAUCGACUCCAUCCUUACAGACCGCGAUCUUAUCCCAUCUUGGGAAGUUGUCUCCAAGCAGCUGCCCUACCUCGAUGCCUGCAUUAAGGAGACCUUCCGCAUUCAUCCAUCUACAGGAUUCAAUAUGGAGCGCAUUGUCCCAGCAGGUGGUGCUGUCAUCGACGGUCACUUCGUGCCUGAAGACAGCAUCGUGAGCUGCUCAACAUGGGUCAUUCAUCGCCAUAAGCCCACAUAUGGAGAUGAUAUCGAGACAUUCCGGCCAGAGCGCUGGCUUGAGGCGACUUCCGAGCAGCGCGCUGAGAUGGAGCGACUCCUCUGCCCGUUUGGGUUUGAAUCUCGGCUUUGCCUCGGCCGAGAGAUUGGCCUCUUCGAAGUUUAUAAGGUCAGCGCGACGCUAUUGCGUGAAUAUGAUUUCACACUGGAGAAGCCCAAUGAGGAUAUGAGAAUUACAUGGGGAAAUAUUGUUAGUGUAGAUUUCAACGUCUGGAUCAAGCCUCGUAAAUUGUGA